AUAUUACGAAAUAUUAUUCGAGAAAAAGUGGACUGGUACCUCGAUAAGAUUGUUUUGCAAAUGGAAAUUCAGUGUGGAAAACAUGUUUCAGUUUCUACCCUUUGGUGUUCAUUAGCUUAUUGUGGAAUAACACGAAAGAAGUUACAUAAAGCAGCAAAAGAACGCAAUGAAUUACUUCGUAGUGCCUUUAUGUUACGCAUAGAUGAAUCAUCUAAGGAUGAACGAACAAUUUCUCGUGGAUAUGGUUAUUCCGAAACAAAUACAAGAGCUGUUAAAAAAACAGUAUUUGUUCGUGGUGUACGUUAUACACUUUUACCUGCACUUACUUUGGAUGGUAUUAUUGCUGUAGAUAUUAUGGAGGGUAGUUGUUCAAAAAUAAGAUUUAAGGAAUUUGUAAUUUCUCAAGUGCUACCUCAAAUGAAUUCAUAUCCGCAUGCAAGAAGUGUUUUAGUACUUGAUAAUGCAAGAAUUCAUCAUGAUGAUAGAUUGUUAGAAUAUUUAGAUGCAUUUGGUAUACGUGUAGAAUUUCUCCCUCCUUAUUCACCUGAUCUUAACCCUAUAGAAACAGCCUUUUCAUAUAUAAAACAUUCUUCAAAAACAAAAGCAUCAUCAUUGCUAACAUCACCAUUACAAUCUAAUCUGAUACAACAACCAGAAUGUUCAGGACAACUAUAUGCAGUACCUCUAUUUUAUAAUCAAUUCCAAAUGUUUUCACCAUACAUUCCUUCUCAAAUUUAUGAAACACCUUUUCAAACAUCUAUUCAAAUACCUUCUCAAUCAGCUACCAGUGUCGGAAUGACUUUACCUACAAUUAGUAAUUUUUUAAAGCAGGUAGACGAAAAUGAAAACUUUGAAAAAUGUGGAGUAGAUACAAUUGGUGCACAAGAAACUCUUCGUCAUUAUGCUGCAAAGUAUAAUACAGUUUAUACAUUACCACAUAAUUCAGCACAUUUGUAA